AUGGCUGGCAGGGUGCUUGUGGUUGGUGCAGGAGGACAGCUUGGACGCAAGAUCUGUGAUACUUUUGUCUCGCGAAAUUGGCUUACCUUUGGCGCGGAUGUGCACUUUCCUGCGCCAGCGGCAUCGCCCAUGGUGCAGAUUGAUGUCGGCAAGGUUCGGCAUGAGGAUCAGGGUAAGUUUCUGAUCUCUGCGCUUAGGAGUCACGAGAGGAUAGGUGCAACGGGCAAGAUCGAUGCUGUUGUGAAUGUUGCAGGAGGAUUUGCCAUGGGUACUGCAGCAGAGGAAGCGGUCUUAAGCGCCAGCAAAAACAUGGUGGAAUCCUCGCUUUACACAUCGAUCAUAGCCGCGCAUGUGGCUUGCCACACGCUGCGCACAGGAGGAUUGGUCGUUCUCCCAGGAGCAGCAGCUGCCUUCUCACCCACUCCCUGGAGCCUACCAUACGGUACUGCGAAAGUAGCUGUUCAUCAUUUGGUUCGGUCUCUAGAUGAAACCUCUGGCUUGCCAGCAAAGGCCAAAACAGUCGGCUUAGCUCCGCAGACUCUGGACACGCCCCAGAAUCGCGCAGCGAUGCCAGAUGCUGACCACGCCACCUGGGCAAGCUUGGAAGAGGUCGCCGAGCAAAUCGCAGCCUGGUGCUCUGAUCCAGAGGCUCUUCAAGGUGGCCAUGUCUAUCUGAUUCAAAAGGGGAAAGGCGCUGCAGCGAGCUUCGAGCCUCGGACCCCACUCUGA